AUGAAUUUACUUUUAUUUAUUACUUUGAUUAAAUCAUGCUACAACUAGGCUGUGAAUACUUAUGUUAAAAUCGGAUGUGUUGAGAUAGUAAAUGGGAAUUGUGUAAAAUUAUGCAAACUUGGAUUGUUCGAUUGUGAUGAUUAUCAGAAUCUUAUUUGCGAAUAUGGAUACUUCAACUACGAAAGUACCUGUGUUCAAUGUCCGAAAUAAAAUCUGAAUGAUGAUUCUGUAAUUUAUUGUGGAGAUUGUAUUGAUAAUUCUAAGACAUGGUAAAAUUCCAGGUUGUGCACUUACGAUUUCAUAAUAGAAGAUGACGAUAGAUUGAAUGGAGCCUACAUAAAACGAAUUAAUGAGUACAGCGAAUUAUAUGUUAUUGGCGUUGCUACCACUUAAUUAAUGUGGAAUAAACCCAUUGCACGUGAUACAACAAGACAAUACGAAUCCUAGAUUUGCAGUGGAUGUCAUACUAUUUGUACAUCAACAUCAGAUCCGUUCUGCAAUACCAUAUCCAAUGAAGUAGAUCAGCUAGUUAAAGGAAUCACUUGUUUGGAUGGAUAUUUUUUUUAGAAUGGAGUCUGUGUUGCCUGUGGCAUCAAUUGCAUAGAAUGUAAGGAUAGAUACACUUGUGUUGAGUGUUAUUCUGGUUACUAUCUAAAUGGUUUAGUGUGUGAUAAAUGCUAAUCCAAUUGUUUGGAUUGUCUCAAACCUAUUACCGAAGCAACCAUCAAAUGCUACUCCUGUUUAAGUCCAAAUAUCAUUUCUAUUGAUAGAUCAGUCUGUGAAAGUUGUGGUGACUCCUGCUUACGAUGCGAGUAUGUUAGUUAUGACUAGAUCACCAAAUAUAAAUUUAUCACCAGAGAUAACGUGGACCCGGCAAUCGAUGACAUCAAUAGAUAUGUCAAAAGAUGCAGACAGUGUGAUGGCAAUAACUUGGUUGAUUACAGAGGAUAAGAUUGUGUACAAUGUUAAAUCAAAGAUUGCUUAAAAUGUUAUUAUACUAUCACUAUGGGCGGAGUCUCUAGGUCUACACUUGAUCUAGACUUUUAGCCUCUAAAACCAUCAGAGUAGGCAUCCUAAUAGCUAUGUUACUUAUGUGCAUCUGGCACCUCUCUAAGUCCUGAUAUGACUUAAUGUAUGCCCUAGGCUCCUACUACACCUGUAGUAGAUUGUCUUUACUAUGGAGACAGCAGCAACAAAUGCUAGCAAUGUUAGAAUUAUCAAAUCUUGGAUUUUGAUAACAAUCUGUGCAAAUCAGAUUUCUGCUUUACAUAAAUCAAAAAUUGUCAGAAUUGUUAUCAAUAUCGAACAAUAAACAUAGUCCAAUAGAAGACAUUCUAUCAUUGUACUAAAUGUGAGGAAUACUAUUAUCCUGAUUUUUUCACGGGAACAUGCGAACAUUGUCCCAACCAUUGUUCUUCUUGUUGGUAAUACUCAUAGACUUACAAUUUCACUUUGUACAAUGAAAUCCCAAAAAUCAUUCAAAAUAGAAAGAUCUAUUAUUUAGAUGGUGCUAUAAAUAUCUAUUGUUCAGAAUGUGAAAGCGGCUUUUAAUUGUACAAUAAUUAAUGUUUGGGAUGCACAAGCAAUUGCAUGAUACCUGCAACUGGAGUAGCAACCUUAAAAUCGUCUUGUCUUUAUAAAUCUAAAUAUGCAUUAUGCUCCUAAUGUUAUGAACCCUUAUAUCAAAGAUCACUUACUUCUGAUCUAUCAGAAUGUCAAGAAUGUCCGAAUUACUGUCUUGCCUGUCAUGAACGAUUAAAAUCCUAAUUUCCUAACAAGUACUUUAACCCAAGCAGUCAAAUCCUACAGAAAUACAGUAGAUCAUGCUAUAAAUUAUAAACUGUAAGUGGAGGUUCUGCAGUUAUUCAUUAUAAUUCCUAACUCAACAUGCCUGUUAGUUGUAAUACAGAUUAGCCUUGUAGAUACAAAUAUGACAUUGACUUAAUCCUCUUUUGCAGCGUUGAGGAUUAUCUGUCAUAAUUGACAUUUUCCCCAUCGAAUGCCAAAUUCUAUUAUAAUCUAGCUACCUCUUAUACGACUAAAAGUGAGGAUGUUGCCACCAUCAAAUUUGCAAAUCUAGAAACAUUAGUGUUUUAUGAGUAUUUGAACACUCUACCACUUGAAAUCCUGAAUUUGAAUCUUAAAAUUAAAGGUGAUAGUAAUAAUAAUUGCAACUUCUCAAAAUCUACUAGAAUCCUGACCCAAUUUCAUGAAAAUGUCUUUUCUUUAAUAGACUUCAAGUUCACAAUUAUGAGUUAUUCAUCAGACCCCUUGAAUUUGUAUGUGAAUGGAAAUUUUACACUCUCCAAUUAUCCCAAUAUUAUCAUCCAGAAUAUAAGACUGUACACACAAGAAUCCUAGUUCAUUUUCAAACUAGAUGAAUGUUCAAACCUAUUUCUUAGCAGUGUUUAAUUUCAAAAGGUUUCCUCAACUGCACUUUAGAUUCUACUAUAAAAUUUGGACAAACUAGAUAUGCAAGAUGUCACCUUUGACAACUUUACAGGCACUAACGAUAUCAUUUCCUUCUCUCCAAUAAAGCAAAUAGUAAUGUAGAAUGUUGUCUUCAACUCAUUAAAAUUAAAGUCUAUUUAUUUAAUAGAAAUGCACCCAUAAGUUGAUAUUAAGAUGAACAAUAUUAAGAUAAGCAACUCUGUCUUUGUAGAUUUUCAUUUCAUUGGUGAUUUAGAACCCAACGAUUAAUUGAUUGGCAAGACUAUUAUAAUUGGUCUAGAGAUAAUCAAUAAUACAUUUAAUAGUUCCUUCAUUUUUAAGACUUCGAAUAGUGAGAAGUUCUUUUUAAGUCAAUUAUCAUUUAAAGAUAAUCUAAUUUAUGAUUCAGAGUUAUUUAUCUCUAAUCAUUUUAUUUUUUCAAAUGCCUUGAUUUACAAUAAUCAAUUUGGAGUUGGAGCCAGUUUAUUAGGAACUAGUGAUGAAAUAUUUGAGGAACAAUUGUAUACUUUGAGUGAGUCCAAUUUCACAGACGUUCAAAUUGUAAACAAUAGUUGCUAUCAAUCCUUGAUAUAAAUACAAUCACCAUUCAAUCAAUAAUAUAUUGUGAUGAAUAUCAAAAUCGAUUCACUAUAUGUAGAUCAAAUUGAAACUUCAAAAGAUGGCACUCCACUUAUUUAAAUUAAGGAAGUUGGAUAUAUUUAAAUUAAUAAUUUAAUUAUAAAAAACCUCUUAAAAGUAACAGGACUAGAAAUCAAGCAAGCUACCUGGGUAUGGAUUAAUCAAUUUGAGUGUGACUCAGCCAAUUAAAAUACAUAGAUGCCUAUUCAAGAAAGUUGUUUUGAGCAAAAGGAAGCCAAUUCUUAUUGCUUGCACAUAGAAGAAUUUGAUAGGGGAGUGUAUCUGUAGAAUGGCAUAAUCAAGAAGCAAUUAUAGAUGGAUUCUUCCUUAAUUUACAUAAAAUCCUUUGAUUACUUGACUAAGAACACUGAGAGUAACGUAGAACUGGAUAAUUCAAAGUUUUUUUUUGGUUAUAGUAAUGAGUUAGUCAAAUUGGAAGAUAUCAAAUUCUAUAAUAAUACCUUGGCAAUCUUGGAUCCGUAGAUAAAGAUAUCAUCGAUAGUAAUAGAUUCAACUUAAAGAUAAAAGGUUCUUAUAAGUGAUUUAACUUUUGUUGGAAAUCAUCUGCAUCGAAUUCCUCCAUCAGUCAAUGUUGAUUUGGUUACGUGCAUAUUAAUAGAUUCGCCUUUAGCUGAUCUCAUUAUUACUAAUAGCGAGUUUCUAGAUAAUAGAGCAACCAAGUCCAUUUUAGGUCUAAACAAAUUUAUAGUGGAUAGUGUGAUAUUGGAUAGUCUCAAUAUGCAAGAUACAAAUGUAAUUUAGAUAUAUUAUGCUGAUAUAUUGGAAGAACACUCAUUAUUUACUUAAGAUCCAAAGGUAGAGAUAUAGAACAUUCAGAGUUACUUUGAAAUUUAAUCCUUGGGAUCUAAUAUCUAUUUUGAUUGUGAUAACAUAAGUAUUUCAAAUUUAACAAUCAAUAAUUCAGUUGGAUUGGAUGGUGCAGGUAUGUUUAUAGUUGGAAGCGAGAAAUUAGUUGUUAAGAUGUCUGAUAUAGUGAUGAAAAACUUGGUUUGUUCGUUGGAAUAUGAUACUCUAGGCUGUGGUAUGUACAUCAACACAUAGGUGUCUUCACUAUCUUUAGAGAUUUAGGAUAUGACCAUGGAUAAGAUAAUCGCAUAUCAAGGAGCUGGUAUUUAUAUUCUGAGUUAACAAUUUCUUAUCUAAGUGAGCAUCAGAGAUUCAAUAUUCCAUCAAUGUCAAUCUCUUGAUUCUUAAGUGUUCUAUUUCAAGCAAUAGACAUUCACUACUUCAAUACCUUCAAUCCUUUUUGACAACUGUACUGUCUAUAAUAACCAUUAUGAUAACUACUUAUUGAAUAUAAUCACAUUAAGACCAUAAAUUGAUUAUGAUGCCAGAGUGGAGGAUGAAAAUCAGCUGAUUUCUAUUGAUUAUGCCACAAUUACGAUUACAAAUUGUCUAUUUACUGAUAUAUCUUUUACUACGAUAUUGAAAUUACAAAAUAUCAUCUAAUUGACUAUUUUGAAUACCAAUAUCAACAAUGUAGCUAUUGGAUUAUCUAAAUUGAUUAAUUUGGAAUUCUAUAAUUAAGUGGGACACAUAUCGAUAUCUGGAUUGAUUAUUCAAAAUGUUUAUCCAUAUCCUUAAUGGGAUUAGUAGCAGAUGGAUUAUUUAAAAUCAAAGUAUAGUGAUCAACUCGAAUCUUCGACAGUGGCUGAAUAGGUUGAUCAAUUAUAAGAAUGCAAAUUGCCUAAAACUUCUGGUUUUGUAGUGAAUCUUGCAACUAUUUCAUAUGACAUUGAUACUAGCAAAAUACCUAGGAAUCCUGUUCAAUACAGUAAAUUCAAUACUACAUUAUAUACCUACUAUACUAAUUAUGAAGAUACUUCAUUAAUCACUUAUUUGUACUCCGAAUAUAUUAUUAAUAAUUUAAUUAACUCAUAUCCGGCCUUAAUUUACUUACCAGAUGUGGACUUCAUUAGUACAGAUGCUUCAACACUCUCACACUCUCUCUAAAUUAACAAACUACUCCUAAAAUCUAUUACAUGUGGAUAUUGCACUUAUGGUUUAUUUUAUAUUUAAAAUAUCAACACCAAAGCAAAUAAAAGCAUUGUGUUGAAUGAAGUCAAUUGUGUCAACAAUGUUGUAGAUCAAUAUGGAUGCAUAAAUUUAAAAGGAAGAACAACUAGUGAUUUGAAAAACACAAAGAUCUAUACAAUCAUAGUUGAGAAUAGCAAUUUCAUGAAUAAUUAAGCAGUUUAUGGGGCUGGUUUGAGUGUGUAAAAUGUAUCUCUAUAUCUCAAGAAUACCUCCUUCUUAGAUAAUACAGCCACUAAAACAGGUGGAGCCAUUCUAUUCUCUCAAUCUAAUAAAUAAAUAUAUUUGGAGGAGGUUACCAUUUAAGGGAACAAAGCAGAUAUUGGUGGGGGAAUCUACAUGAAUGGUUAGAGCUUACCUGGUUAGGAUGUCAAUAUUAUUGGCAACACAGGUAGAAGUCUAGUUGAAGAAAUACCCUAGCAUCUGAGCAUUUCGAUGAUCAAGGGUGCUAUUUUACCGACUAAAGUAUUUGAUACUAAUAUUGAUGCACUCUCAUUAACGUUGAAUCUACCAUCUGGUCAAAGCAUCUCAUCCUACAAACUUUACUAUCAACCAACAUAGGAGUAAGUCCCAUAUGAUUGGAUAUUCAGAGUCAUGAAUUUAGAUAGAAAUCACAAUCCAAUCUUAACAGCCUCAUUAACAGAUACAUGUAAUAUCACAGGGAGAAUGUAGAAUUCUGAGAACUUUGAUAAAACUCUCAAAUUCCUUAGUAAUUAUACAUAACCUUCGCUCAUCUAUUUUAGCGAUGAAUCAUUCAAUCUAGAUGAAUUAAUAAUUACAUUUGAUCCAUAUUUACCUGAAUAAUACUACCUUCAGUUACAGUUUUAAUGUUCAACUAUAAAAUUACCAAUCGAACCAUAUCCUUAUCAAUCCUAUAGUACAAACUAUGCAUUAUAUGUCAAUCUUAGAACAUUGCCUUGUUAAUUAGGAGAAGCAUAUACUGCAUAAAAGUGUUAAGUUUGUGGGAAAGGUUAGUAUGCUUUAACAAUCAAUUAAGUUAUAUGCACAAAUAUGGAUGUUUAAUCAAUGGAGGAAGUGACACCAGUGAGAAUAAAACUGUUUUCUGGAUAUUGGAGAUACGAUAAUGAUAGAGUAGAGAACUGUUAUAAUUUGGAAGAGAAUUGCAAUGGCGGAUGGAUUCCAGGAAAUCCUUCCUGUUACUCUGGACACACUGGAGCAUUGUGUGAAUCAUGUGAUAUCUAUGGCAUCAGGGGAGAACAGUAUAGCAUAAGUACAAAAUACAAGUGUGGAUAAUGUUCACAAACAAAGUCGAAUAAUUCCUUAACGAUUGCAGCCAUCUGCAUUUUCACUCUGCUUUAGAUGGUAUUGUCGGUUAGAGGUAACUUUUAGAUGAUCGAAAACUUUAUCAAAGAAUAAGUAUUAUAAUCAAUCGGAGUAAGGAUGAAUGUAACGUAAGCAAACUUGUCGAUUUUGAUAAAGAUCAUAAUAAGUGCCUUGGGAACAUUUCGAAUAUCCAUUCCUACUAAUUUAAUAUCCUCAGUUGACAUAGUAGCCAAUCCUACUCAAUCGAUGGCUUAUUCUUUGGAUUGCUUCCUGAUUGAGAUAACCAUUACUGAGAUUUUGUAUUUCAGAAUGAUUUGGGCAUUAGUGAUGCCACUAAUUUAUUUGUUAAUCUUCUUCAUGGGGUAUUUCCUUGGAGUCAUCACAACCUUCUUACCAGCCAGGAUGAAUAUUAUCUAUACUACCUUCAUCUACAUGUUCAUAUAUCUGCAGCCCACACUAAUAGGUGGGUUCAUAGCCUUAUUGUCAUCGAGAACAUUGGGAGGUGUGGAUUUUGUGUAAUCAGACGUUCAGUAUCUAUAUGACAGCAGUACUCACUAUUUUUGGAUGGUAAUAUUCGCAGCACCGAACAUCUUCUGUUGGGGAGCCUUGUUCCCUUACAUCUUCAUGCAUUUGAUCAGGAGGAAUAACCAAACGUUGACUUCAAUUCAAACUCGCAGGAAAUAUGGAUACUUUUAUAAUGAAUAUACCUAACAUGCUUAUUUGUGGGAAUUCGUUAAGAUCUUUGAAAAGCAGUUUGUGUUGAUGGCUCUCACUUAUUAUGAAGAUACGGUGAUCAUUAAAGGCCUUAUGGUAUUUUUGAUUGUGUUUAUCUAUGGGAUCCUAUCCUUUGAAUUUUAACCUUAUUAGAGUAAGAGACUUAAUUAUAUUGAUCAAAUGUCUGCAGCCGUAUGCGUGUUUUCACUCUGUUUGGGAGUUCUAAUAAAGGCUUCUUAGAGUGAGAACAUGGAAUAUUUGUAAUUUAUAAUGUUUUCAAUUAUCGGAGUUCUGAAUUUGCUCUUUUUAUUGAUCCUUCUCUUUGAAGUGUUUCGUGGAUACAUCGACAAAUUCGAAAUUCAUAUAGACAAGAUUAGAGACAAGAUCAGAUAGAAGUACCCGCAAUUUUAGAAUUACAAAUGGAUUCGUCAACUUCUGAUCAACAGAGGAGAAUUAAAGAAGAGAAUUAAAAUUCUUUGGUCUCAUCUGCGAUAUCAAACUCACAGAGGAAUAAUGAGGAGAAGACAGGACAAGAAUCUACCUCUAUUUGAAGUCAAGUUGAUUCUCUAGGACUCAGAGAAAGAUAUAGAUCAUUCCCGUGCCGAAUCCAGAGUGGAAUCAAAGGCAAAUUCGAGAUUGUCAGUCAUUGACAUAAAUCAAGAGGAACUGAUGCAGUUAGCUAAUUACAGUAGUUUAUAGGCCAAAACGCCAGAGAUCCAAAAGAUCUACCCUUUGGAGAGUUAGAAGAGUAUUGCUUAGUUGACAAAAAAGAGAAUAUGA